AUGAUUAACUUCGAGAAUGUACCUCGAGCCCUGAACAUGGUCCCUGUCCUCUCUGUCCCGGCCGAGAUAUGGAUCGAUAUCGCUGGACACCUUGGCUGGCAAUGCCAGUUUGAGCAGGGCUGCGGGUGUAAGAGGGGCAAUAUACACUGCCGUGGCCAGCAAACCGGUCUCAAGAAUCUAUGCUUGGUGUCGCAAACAUUCAGGGCAAUUUUCCAACCUUUCCUCUAUCAUCAACUCAAUGUCAAGUUUAUGUUUUCGCUUGACAACAGCGAGACAGUUCGUGUCGACACUUGCAACAGGAUCAAGAGCCUUGUACGGACUCUUUCAGAACGCCCCGAUCUUGCAGAACAUGUGAAGAGCUUGACAUUCUGCGUACGACCGAAUAACGUUGUUGCAGCAAGUAAGGUUUUACAUAGCGCAGGGCCGUUUCCUCCGCUACUCAACCUUGCCCACCUACGAUGGCCUUCCGAUCUGGAAUUGAACCCUGGCGAGACCUUUGCCAACCAGGAGUGGGAAAAGCUCGAGAGCCUCCAUGUAGGCAACACAUGCGACCGCGACGGCUGGAACUCGAAACCUCAGUCCGGCAUCUUCGAGGAUCUGGGAGAACUGUAUGCGAAGAGCUCGACGAUUUCAACGCUCACGUUCAGGCAAAACUUUGGAGUCAGGCUCGACGGUCCCGGAACUUUGCAGCUACGCAAUGUUACCAAGGUCCAUAUGAUCGAUCCCAUGAUCACCGGUGUUGAGUUGGAACACCUAUUGAAAGGACUCGUCUCCCUUCAGCAGUUUCGAUGGUCAUGCACAGGCGAAAUGAUCGAGUCCGAUGCUUGGCGUGCCUAUCGCGGCCGGGGGCAAGUCGUACUCCCAUCUACACGCAAUCAUGAUGGAGUGAAUGCAAAUCAUUACUGGCCGUACGUGGGCGACUUACUUGAAGCGUUGAGUCCGCACUGCGAAAGGCUAGAGACACUCGAUAUCAACGCCCCGCAGUUCUACAUCUCGCAACAACACAUCUCCCGCGGACAGCACACCUUGUCCAAAUUCGCCCGCACCUCUCUCAAGCAGUUCAAAAACCUCCGAAGCCUCAAGAUUGGCAUCACAUCAAUCUACCCCUGCGUGCUGCGUCAUUUCUCUGCCACCGCACGUCUGCCAGAGAUGUGGCAGCCGUAUAUGCAUCGAGACGGUUUGAGCAGCGGAAAAGACGUGAGCAUGUACUCUACCAACCUGUAUGCCGAUGGGCUCCCUCCUCUUCUCGAGGAGCUGGUCAUCUCGGAAUACGAAGUGAUGCCAGUAUCCGAGAUGAUAGGCGAGGACCUACACAGACUUGUUUCGGCAAAGAAGCGUCACCUCCCAAAUCUUCGCAAAGUCACUGUUUCGUUCGUCAAUUCGCUAAACAGCAUCCCAGGUGACGUCUUUGGCGCCAAGCAAGCUUUGGCAGAGCUGGGUGUUGAGGUGAUUGUGAAGAAGACAAGUCCUACAUUGCGGGAAUUUCGGCCUGGAGAUGAUGUGGUGGAUAGAAGUCCUGACGAGUUCACAUGGGCCGAUUAUCAAGCAACGCAGUUAAUUCUAAACACUGGGGAAACCAUAAACUCCGUUCGAGAGGUACUUGAGGAUAUAAGGAUCUAUGAACCUGAGGCAGGUCGAGCUGCGGAGGUUUACCUGCAAGCACAAAUGGCAAACGAUAUUGUCUGGGAUGGAAUUUAG